AUGCCUCGCCAUCAUAAGAACACGCGAGGCCCAGGCCCAGAAAAUAAGCUACGUAUUCAUAUCAGUAAGGCUCGGUGCCCGGAUGUUUCACAGGUUUCCAAGACCCUGGAGAAGACCUCUAUCUCUUCUCAUCCGCUGGCACCUGCCAGUUCAAAGAAAGUUCCUGAAUCUAGUCUGAUCACUAUUGUUGAGGAUACUGAGGAUUUCAAUUUUCCUCCCUUUACCACCUUAUCCAUCUUUGCUGCGAAGUCAGGGGAGGGCCAAGAGAAAGCUGAUACUCCCAGCACCUCACAGGCUGAGCCGGCCGUCAAGUGUGUGCCCAUUGAUGAUCUAGAAGAGAAAGUAGCAAUGUUGGUGAAUUUCAUGCUGCUCAAGUAUCAAACAAAAGAGUCAAUAACCAAGGAAGAUAUUUUGAAGACAGUCAUCAAAGGAUAUGAAAACAACUUCACUGAAAUCCUGCUGAGAGCCUCCGAGCGCAUGGAGAUGAUCUUUGGCCUUGAUGUGCAAGAAGUGGAUCCAACCAACCACCACUAUGUCCUGCUCAUCAAAUUGGGCCUCACCUAUGAUGGGAUGAUGAGUGAUGAAGAAGGCGUGCCCAAGACCGGCAUCCUGAUUCUCAUCCUUGGAGUCAUCUUCAUGAAAGGUAACCGAGCUACUGAAGCAGAAGUUUGGGAAGUUCUGAAUUUAACCGGCAUUUAUUCAGGAGUGAGGCACUUCGUGUUCGGGGAACCUAGACAACUCAUCACUGAAGAUUUCGUGAAAGAAAAUUACUUGGUGUACCAGCAGGUGGAAAAUAGCGAUCCUCCACAAUUUGAAUUCAUGUGGGGCCCAAGAGCUCACGCGGAAACCACUAAAUUGAAAGUUCUUGAAUUCCUGGCUAAGGUUCAUGGGACUGACCCAAGUUCUUUCCCAUCUCAGUAUGAGGAAGCCUUGCAGGAUGAAAAGGAGAGAGCUGAGGGCAAUAUUUUAUCCAGGGCUGAGUCUCCUCUCCUGGCCGCUGCCAAUUAUAGCAGCUACUCGCACACCUAA